AUGGGGAGGAUUUUAGUAGAAGCCCAGAUUUGUAGCUCAGAUGGGACAAAAUGUGGGAUUGCACUGAAUCCUGGUAUAACUGAUCCAGAGGAAAGGAAGUUCUUGUGGAAAGCUGGGUUUGAUGCCACUGGAAAGAAAAUCAGGCCUUUAUAUGAGCAGUAUGUUGUACUGCUGCAAGAAGAGGCUAAAUCAUUGGGUUAUGCAAAUGCUGCAGAGAAGAUGCUUGCACCUUAUGACUCCCCUGACAUGAGAGAACAGGUGGAGAAGUUGUGGGAUGUCCUAGGGAAUAAUGCUUCUGUCACAAAAAAGAACAUGAAUAAAGUUUACUGGGAUCAUGUGGAGAGGAUCAUGGGAGUUAAGCCCAUGCCAAGAACUGAGGAAGAUUUAGACCCUGGUGCCAUCCACCAUGUUGCCAAUGGAGUUCCUUACAUAAGGUAUUUCAUCAGCAUCAUUUUGCAACACCAAUUCCAUGAAACCAUGUGCAAAGCAGCUGGUGAUUAUGACCCAAAAAAUGCAGAAAAAUCCCUAGAGAAUUGUGAUUUUUACAAAAGUAAACCUGCCGGAGAUCUAAUCAGGUAAAAUGAAAUGUUGCUC